CCUUAUAUUUCAUCAAGUAUCCCUUUCCUUGGACAUGCAAUUGCAUUUGGAAAAAGUCCCAUUGAGUUUUUGGAAAACGCCUAUGACAAGUAUGGACCUGUGUUCAGUUUCACUAUGGUUGGCAAGACAUUCACAUACUUACUGGGUAGUGAUGCUGCUGCUCUACUCUUCAAUAGUAAAAAUGAAGAUUUGAAUGCAGAGGAUGUAUACUCUCGGUUAACUACACCAGUUUUUGGCAAGGGAGUUGCUUAUGAUGUCCCUAAUAUGGUAUUUUUGGAACAGAAGAAGAUGCUCAAAACUGGGCUAAAUAUUGCCCAGUUCAAACAGCAUGUAUCUGUGAUUGAAGAAGAAACAAAGGAGUAUUUCAAAGCAUGGGGAGAGAGUGGAGAAAAAAACCUAUUUGAAGCCCUUUCAGAACUUAUCAUUUUGACAGCAAGUCAUUGCUUACAUGGGAAGGAAAUAAGAAGCUUGCUGAAUGAGAAGGUGGCUCAGCUGUAUGCCGAUUUGGAUGGGGGUUUUACUCAUGCUGCCUGGCUUCUGCCAGGUUGGCUACCUCUGCCUAGCUUCAGACGUCGCGAUCGAGCUCACAAAGAAAUAAAGAAUAUUUUCUACAAGGUUAUCCAGAAACGUCGAAAGUCUGAGGAAAAGGAGGAUGACAUGCUCCAAACUCUACUUGAUGCUUCAUACAAGGAUGGCCGUCCGCUGACGGAUGAUGAAAUCGCGGGCAUGCUGAUCGGGCUGCUGCUAGCGGGGCAGCACACGUCCUCCACCACCAGCGCCUGGCUUGGCUUCUUCAUAGCCCGAGACAAAUCAAUACAGGAACAGUGCUACGCAGAACAAAAAGCAGUUUGUGGGGAUGACUUGCCACCAUUUGUAUAUUUUCAGCUCAAGGAUCUCAGUUUGCUGGACCGCUGUCUAAAAGAAACUUUAAGGCUUAGACCUCCUAUAAUGACCAUGAUGAGAAUGGCCAGAACUCCCCAAACUGUUGCUGGAUAUAAUAUUCCCCCCGGCCAUCAGGUCUGUGUGUCUCCCACUGUUAACCACAGACUCAGGGACUCCUGGAAAGAUGCUCUAGAAUUCAAACCUGACCGAUAUCUCCAAGAUAACCCAGCAGCUGGAGAGAAAUUUGCCUAUGUUCCAUUUGGCGCUGGCCGUCAUCGCUGCAUUGGAGAAAACUUUGCUUAUGUUCAGAUAAAGACUAUUUGGUCUACUUUGCUUCGUUUGUAUGAAUUUGAUCUCAUCAACGACUAUUUUCCAACUAUAAAUUAUACAACAAUGAUACACACACCUAAUAACCCCAUUAUCAGAUACAAGAGGAGGUCACUGUAAAUUUUGGAGCUAAAACCUUAUUUAAGUUGUAUACUAACAGACUUUUGAAUGAAAUUGUGACAAAAUGAGUGGCAAGUGGAAACCGUUGCAUCUGCUGUUAGGAAAGCAAGGAUAAUCUACCAGAUACAAAGUCUUUGCAUCUGUUUUGUUUGUUUGCCCACGCUAUUUAAUGCUGCUGUGCAUAAUUCCUUGUUCUACAAAUUUCUCAUUGCGUUUUUACAGAAA